AUGCUGUCGCUGAAGGCGUCCAGGGCAGACAACUUCUACUACGGUAGUGUGGAGGACGAGCGCAUCAAGAAGAAGAAGGAGGAGGAAAAAAAAAAAAAAAACAAAAAGGACUACAGCGAAAUUAAAUUUGAAGUGCCCUACACCAUUAUAUGUACUAAAUGCAAAGCGUAUGUUUACAAAGGGGAGAGGUUCAACAGUGAGAGGAGACAAGUGGGGUUCUACUUGAGUACCCCAUUUUAUUCCUUCACUUUUACGUGCAAGAAAUGCCCAAAUGUAAUUGCCUUUGAAACCAACCCGAAAGAUUGCUCGUACGAUGUGAUCCAGGGGGCCAGAAAAAAAAACGAGCAGUUUGAAAAUGUCCUCACAGAACAGGGACGCAAUAAUGUGAACUCCAUCGACUUUGAAAAAAACAAAAAAAAAAAAACCAACCCUUUUCUGCUGUUGGAAGUUGAGGCCCUCCGGAAGAAGGGGCACCAAGGUGAACAGGCUACCCAACCGGGUGGAAAAGAAGACUCACACUGGGUGGAAAAACCACUUGGUUCAGUCGAAGCAUCACAGGAUGAACUUCCCGACGAUGACUCCUCCGGAGGUGAACUCCCCGAUGAGGAGCGGUCGAAUGAGGAGGACGACCCCCCAAGCGAAGAACACAUGAACGACGUUAUAAAGCAAAACUACCGAAGAAACCAUAUUUUGAAAAACGACUUCUCUUGCAAUAGCAACCUGAGGAAGCAACUGAGGGAUAUAAAGAGGGACAAAAUUCAACAGCUCCAAGAGCGCAAACGGAAAAAUAUUUUUAUAGACAUUGUGGAAGGGGACCCCCUCGAGGAGGUCCUCGUAAAGAGGUAUGUGCGCUAUGGGGAGAAGUUCAAACGGCGCAGAGGCACCCAGGCAGAAGGCGUCCAUGCCAAUGAUCACCACAGUAAGGAUCGCCCAGGGAAGGAUCCCCCAAUUAAACGCAAACUUGCGAAGAGUAACUUGAUAAAAAAAAAGAAGAGUAGCAUAUUUGACCAGAAGUAUCUCAGGAAGGGGAAGUAG